GUUAUUGGGCACAUGAUAUUGUGUGCCUUAGCUCAGAAAAUCUUUAAUUCCAACGCCUGAAGCGUAUAUUACUCUCUCUCUCUUUCUCUCUCUCUGGUCUAGCCUUUAAUAUAUAGCUAUGAUCAUAUAAUAUAUGAUGAAUAAGUGCUCGGUUAUCUUAUAUUUUGAUUGUUGAUACGACAUAUACACAUAGAACUGCUUCUGCUUCUCUCACUAUUCUUAAUUACUUAGAGAAACUGUUUGCAUUUCAUUGAGUUCAUCACAGGCGGCACAAAUAAAAAAAGUUGCAACAAUGAUUGAAAAAAUAUCUUCUUCAGAAUCUUCUUCAGCUACCAAAACCAACAAGAAAUAUGGAGGCUGGAAGGCUGUACCUUUUAUUUUAGGGAAUGAAACGUUUGAGAGGUUGGCAGUGUUUGGGUUACUUCUGAACUUUAUGGUGUAUCUAACAACACAGCUUCAUCUAAACCAAGUCAGCGCUUCAAAUGUUAUGAAUAUUUGGUUCGGGUUGACCAACUUUGGUCCCUUGCUCGGUGCCUUCAUUUCUGAUGCCUUUUUCGGUCGCUUCAGGACUAUUGCUUUUGCUUCCUUUUCUUCUCUUUUGGGAAUGGUGUUGGUGUUUUUAACAUCAUGGUUACCAGAAUUGCACCCUCCAAGUUGCACAGCUCAAGAACUGGCAAAAGGUGAAUGUGUUAAAGCAAGCAAUUCUCAAAUGGGUGUUGUGAUCUUAGGACUUUGCUUCUUGACAAUAGGUUCGGCCGGAAUAAGGCCGUGUAGCAUACCGUUCGGCGUCGACCAAUUCGACCAGACAACGGAAGAAGGGAAGAAAGGGAUGGCCAGCUACUUCAAUUGGUACUACACAACAUUCACAUUGGUCUUGUUGGUGUCUCAAACACUUGUUAUCUAUGUCCAAACCUCUAUUAGCUGGAAAAUAGGUUUUGCAAUACCAACUGUGUGCAUGUUUUUGUCCAUAAUCAUGUUGUUUGUUGGAACAAGGCUUUAUGUGUAUGUGAAGCCUGAAGGGAGCACUUUUCCUGGAAUUGGACAUGUUCUUGUUGCUGCUUAUAGGAAAAGAAAACUCAUGCUUCCAAUUAUUGAAGACAAACUUGAUGGUGUUUUCUAUGAUCCCCCAUUGAUCUCUGCUAGUAGUGGUGAUUCUUUGCCAUUAAAGCUCCCUUUAACCCAACAGUUUAGGGCCUUGAACAAAGCUGCUCUAAUAAUGGAGGGGGAUCUAAACGAAGAUAAGAGCAUAGUGAAUAAGUGGAGACUUACAAGCAUUCAGCAAGUAGAAGAGGUUAAAUGCAUAGCAAGAGUUUUACCAAUCUUAUUUACUAGUAUCAUUCCUCUCAUUGCCCUGUUACAACAAGGAACAUUCAAUGUAACACAAGCCCUGAAAAUGGACAGAAACCUAGGACCUAAAUUCCAAGUCCCAGCAGGUUCAAUUGGAGUCAUAUCAUACAUUACCAUAGCUUUGUGGCUCCCAUUCUAUGACCGGAUCCUAGUCCCAAGGCUAAGAAAAAUGACCAACCAAGAAGGUGGCAUCACCCUACUACUAAGAAUUGGAAUUGGCAAUGUCUUCUCUAUUCUCUCUAUGGUUGUUGCUGGUUUGGUUGAAAAAUUGAGAAGGGAUUCAGCAAAUUCACAUCAAAAUCCACUAGGAAUUGCUCCUAUUUCAGUUUUUUACCUAGCACCACAAUUGGUCCUAAUGGGUAUGUGUGAAGCCUUUAGUGCAAUAGGGCUAAUUGAGAUUUUUAAUAGAGAGUUUCCUGAGAAUAUGAGAAGUGUUGGCAAUUCAUUGUUUCCAUUUGCUUUUGGAUGUGCUAGCUAUGUGAGUGCUAUAAUUGUUAACAUUGUUCAUCAUGUUACUGGAACACAUAGCCAUCCAGAUUGGUUAACAAAUGACAUAAAUGCUGGUAGGAUAGAUUAUUUUUACUACAUUAUUGCAGGACUAGGCGUUAUAAACUUGGUUUAUUUUAUACAUGUUGCUACAAGGUAUCAAUACAAAAAGAUCCAGGUUAUUGAUCCAUUGCCACAAGACAUGGAGAUGGGAUCACACAAAACCUAGAAAGAACCUAAGUUGAUGGUUUUAUUUUUACUUCACUUCUCUUAUUAGGAUUUUAAGCUAUUAUUAUUAUUAUGAUCAUGAUGAUGUAAUAAUUAGAUUAUAUUACUUGUCUUAUUGGAAAUGUAAUGAAAGCUAUUGAGAAUGAAAUAAUAAUAGUAUAAUAAUUAAC